GGGGAGUCGUAUGCAAAAUAUUAAGAUUUGAUUCGCGUUCCAGUAUUGAUUUUUCAGACUGUAUAGCAAACUGCAAAAACACUAACCAUGCCGAAUCCUAAUCCCGGUGGUGGCGCCGCAGAGCCGAAGGAACCAAAGAAGUCGCAGAAGGCGAAAGACGACGAGUCGAACGGGGAAGCGGCACAAAAAAGCAAGCGUGGAAGGAAGAAGGGGAGUACGAAAAACACGCCGAAGAUUGCUGCCACGACGCCUACAGCCACGCCUGGAAACCGCUUGCUCGCGAUUGAAAAACAAGUGUCCGAGUUGCGCUCGCUGAACAUUAUAUCCAUCAAGGGAUUUGGUCUUCGUCCUUUCUCCAUAUGGUGUCAGGAGGCACAGGAGGAGCACGACAAGAUGACCAAGGCGGGGAGCGAAGUCGGCGCGGGGGAACAGCAGGAGGAGAUGCUGCAAGAUGAGGAUGGAGACGAAAAAAUGAACACCGCUCGGCAAGUAACAUUCCCGGAAGACGAAGAUGAGGACGUCAACAUGUACUCAAGCAAUAAGCGGGCGAACCAGGACGACGAGGAGGAACCCAGCAAGCCAUCUCCUAUGCUUGAGGCCCAGUAUGUUGCAGAUCGGAAGGUGUUCGUAGCCAAUUUCGCUGAUCACAAGCACCCGGAAAAGCUCAAGUUUUGGAAACGGGAGUGCAUACACGAGAUCAUUGCGGUACUCAAGGCGAACAUCGUAAAGUCGGGGGAGUCGGGACUGCAGGUGCUGAAGGAUGAAGCCACCGGAAAAAUAACUAUUGCAGAGGAUCCCGAACUCAAGUAUAGCGAGACGCAGGCAGAGGUUUGCCGGCGCCUCGCGCUCAAGAUGGUGAGAGCUUUCAGGGGGAUAGAACCUUGUUACAUCAGGUUCUUAUCAGUAAAUGCAAGCACGGACUGGGCAGAUUUGAUCUUGCGGCCAAACUCGCAGACUAUGGCGCUUAAUUCGAUAGUACAGUCUGAAGAAAAGAAUUGGUGCAAGAUUUACGUCCUACCGAUCCUGGUUCGGGAGAACUACCCGCGGUCCCCCGCGGAAGCGAAGAAAACGGCGGCAAAAAUCCAGGCGGCAGCGGAAAAGGACCAGAAGGAUCCGACCGCGGGCACACAGGCGGUGAACACCGAGGACAAGAAGGGCGGCAAGGGAGGCGCGAACCCAAACUCAAAAAAGCAGAAAACUGACAGUACGGCGGGAAGCAGCAGUAGCAGUAGUGCUAAGGGAAGUCAGAAGAACCGCGCCGGAACCGGGGCCGCGGCCAGCGCGUCCUCGUCCUCGACAACGGCGCGAGAGGAAAAACCAUCCCAGCCGCAGGUGGUAAAGAAGUCGGGCGUCAAUGUGGAUCGCCUUCUGAGGACCGGGAUUUUGGUGAAGGGGAAAAAGUUGACGUUCACCUAGGUGUGGAGAGGCAAGUAGUUUGUAGUCGAUGACUAGCGGUGCGCGUACAUGCUGGUCUACCUUACUGAUGAGAGGGUUGGAGUAUCAUGAAGUAGUUUUUACUUUUGCUCGCCGAACUGAAAACGAGGACUUAAUUCGAACCGGAGGUGAAGCUGCGUCGCAAGUCUCGCCGUGUAUGAUAAAAAGCUAGAAAGGUGUUUUUGGAGAUAUUGCAGCGCGGAUUCGCCAUCGGGGGCUCACUUGAAGACGAUCAUAUCUAAAAAGUAAUAUCGAGGAACGGACAGCCGAUCGCUGAACACGGAGGCGCAGACUGGCCGAUACGAAGCAGGAGCUGUUGAUUGCAAGACAGCUACGAGACCUCUCCAGCGAUCGACCCCGCCGUAUCCUGAAAUAUCGAAAACGGUGUGCAGUUGUGACAAGUUCUUUGUUUUCCAUAUCGAAAACGGAGGCACUUGAAAAGAUAUCAGGAGGCGGUAGUUUGGAUUUGGAAGGAGUGCUGAUGUCUUAGAAAGUUGAAUUGUGGUUCGAUCGACGUGCUGCUGCCAAUCGCGACGACAUCCUGCAGUAAGUGUGCGUGCAGGUGUAGUCUGAUCGGGUGGUUUACAAGAUCGAAUUUGUGACGGUCACGAGGACCUGAUCGGGCCCGCGGUUUGCCAGCCGCGGUGCUUUUUGAAGGCACAAGCACUACUAUC